GUUUCUCUCUGUGAUCUGGGUCGGGUUUGUCUUUUGUUAUUUUUUCAUCUAUGUUCGUCUGCUCUGCAUAGUCUCUUCGUAGGUAAAGUAAGAGGUAUUAGUAUAGUGAUUUUGCUGCUGCGGGAAAGAAAGAUUGCCGUUGUAAUUAUGGCUGGAGAUGAGGCCAUUCCUCCUGAGGCUGCUCAAUUGAAGGGACUAGCAAAGCAUUUCAACAGCAUCACGCCAAAAGGAAGAGCAAAUGUGGCCAAAGCAACCUAUGCUGUUAUUGGUGUUAUCAUUCUUUACAAUGUAUUGAAACCCAAGAAGAAAUCAGCACCAGCUUCAUAAUGAAAUAAAGUGAAUGAACUGUUUGGUAGCAAAAAAAAAACUUUAAGAAAACAAUUGUAUUAAUUCAUGUUAUGUUUGUUCAUGCUAUAUUUAAACUGUGGCACAUGUGAAUUAAAAAUUCAGUAGGAAAUUGUACAAA